GUUUGGAUAGAUAGACUACCUCGGGGAACAUACAACUGUGACGUGUUUGCCUGAUAAAUAGUAAUAUUUGAAACAAUCGUCUGUGAAAUGCUAGUGUGCAGAAUCAUGGGGUGUCACCAUCUUUGAUCACGUUUGUGGAAAAUACGCCUGGAUGUCUAGAAUCCACGUUGCGCCAGAUCAGUUUGUGAAUCAGUGCUAGGUAUGAAUCUUUCUCUUAAGAGAGCCUUUGGUAACACACUCUGCUUCUGUGUUCUCAUGAAUGGCGGGCUUCUGAUUUUUUAGCACACCAGGCAACUCCUGGGUAACAUUAUCAAGGAAGCAAUUAUUUUUUCCCCUUCCAUUCUGACUGCCAGGAUGGCUUCUGUCCGGUUCAUGGUUACCCCCACUAAAAUUGAUGAUAUCCCGGGCCUGUCUGACACCAGCCCCGACCUCAGCUCCCGCUCCAGCUCCCGGGUCCGUUUCAGCUCCCGUGAGAGUGUCCCUGAAACAAGCCGCAGCGAAGGCCUCAGCGACUUCUCUAGAGUCACCACUUCACUGGCCACGGAAGCAGCUGAGCCCGCUACUGAGAAGACGAUCAGUCCCCACACCAAUGGGGCCGAAGAUGUGAGUCAAACCUCCAUCACAGGGGAACAGUAUCAGCUCUUAGAUCCUGGGCACAAGAAGGACCCCCAUGCCUAUCUCAACAACACCAACUAUGAAGAUGGCGACGAAUUCUUUGACAAGAAUUUGGCACUCUUCGAGGAAGAGAUGGACACCCGGCCCAAAGUGUCCUCCCUGCUCAACCGUAUGGCCAACUACACCAACCUCACGCAGGGGGCCCGGGAGCACGAGGAGGCUGAGAACAUCCCCCCGGGCAAGAAGAAGCCCACGAAGUCUCCGCAGAUGGGCACCUUCAUGGGCGUCUACCUGCCCUGCCUGCAGAACAUCUUUGGGGUGAUUCUCUUCCUGCGUCUCACCUGGGUGGUGGGAACUGCUGGCGUGCUGCAAGCCUUUGGCAUCGUCCUCAUCUGCUGUUGCUGUACCAUGCUGACUGCCAUCUCUAUGAGUGCCAUUGCCACCAAUGGGGUUGUGCCUGCUGGAGGCGCAUACUUCAUGAUCUCACGAGCCCUGGGGCCCGAGUUUGGAGGGGCCGUCGGGCUGUGCUUCUACCUGGGCACCACCUUUGCUGCCGCAAUGUACAUCCUCGGAGCCAUUGAAAUUUUCCUGAUGUACAUUGCCCCCGAGGCAGCCAUCUUCUACAGCGAGGAUCCUCUGAAGGAACCGGCGGCCAUGCUGAACAACAUGCGUGUGUAUGGCUCGGCCUUCCUCGUGCUCAUGGUGCUCGUGGUGUUUGUGGGCGUGCGCUACGUGAACAAGUUUGCCUCCCUCUUCCUCGCCUGCGUCAUCGUUUCCAUCCUGGCCAUCUACGCUGGUGCCAUCAAGUCCUCCUUCGCACCUCCCAACUUCACCGUGUGCAUGCUGGGGAACCGCACCCUCUCCCAGCACCACAUUGACGUCUGCGCCAAGACCCAGGAGCGUGACAACGUCACCAUGACUACUCGCCUUUGGGCCUUCUUCUGCAAUUCCAGCGAUCGCCUCAACGCCUCCUGCGACGAGUACUUUCACCACAACAAUGUCACUGUCAUCCAUGGCAUCCCAGGACUGGCCAGUGGUGUUAUUGCUGAAAACCUGUGGAGCAGCUACCUGAUGAAAGGCGAGAUCAUCGAGAAGCCGUCCUUGCACUCGGUGGACGUGUUGGGAGCUCUCAACCAGCAGUAUGUGCUGGGCGACAUCACCACUUCCUUCACCCUUCUUGUGGGCAUCUUUUUCCCCUCGGUCACUGGGAUCAUGGCUGGAUCUAAUCGUUCUGGGGACUUGAAGGAUGCCCAGAAAUCUAUCCCUAUUGGUACCAUCCUGGCCAUUCUCACCACCUCCUUUGUGUAUCUCAGCAAUGUGGUACUGUUCGGGGCUUGUAUUGAAGGUGUUGUUCUCAGAGACAAGUUUGGCGACGCGGUUCACAAGAACCUGGUGGUGGGGACACUCUCCUGGCCCUCCCCUUGGGUCAUUGUCAUCGGUUCAUUCUUCUCCACGUGUGGGGCUGGGCUGCAGAGCCUCACUGGCGCCCCCCGACUUCUGCAGGCCAUAGCGAAGGACAACAUCAUACCGUUCCUGCGGGUAUUUGGCCACGGGAAAGCCAACGGGGAGCCCACCUGGGCCUUGCUCCUGACAGCAGUCAUUGCGGAAUUGGGGAUCCUGAUUGCCUCUUUGGACAUGGUUGCCCCCAUCCUCUCCAUGUUCUUCCUGAUGUGUUACCUCUUUGUCAACCUUGCCUGCGCCUUGCAGACCCUGCUGCGCACCCCCAACUGGAGGCCACGCUUUCGGUAUUAUCACUGGGCACUUUCCUUCAUGGGCAUGAGCAUCUGUGUGGCACUGAUGUUCAUCUCCUCCUGGUAUUACGCCAUCAUCGCCAUGGUCAUCGCGGGAAUGAUCUACAAGUACAUUGAAUUCCAGGGGGCCGAGAAGGAGUGGGGGGAUGGCAUCCGCGGCCUGUCCCUGAGCGCGGCCCGCUUCGCCCUGCUGCGCCUCGAGGAGGGGCCGCCUCACACCAAGAACUGGAGGCCGCAGCUGCUGGUGCUGCUCAAGCUGGACGAGGACCUUCAUGUGAAGCAUCCGCGCCUACUCACCUUCGCCUCCCAGCUGAAAGCAGGCAAGGGCCUCACCAUUGUGGGCUCGGUCAUGGUGGGCAACUUCCUGGAGAGCUACAGCGAGGCGCUGGCUGCUGAGCAGACCAUCAGGCACCUGAUGGAGUCGGAGCGGGUGAAGGGCUUCUGCCAGAUCGUGGUGGCUGCCAAGUUGCGCGAGGGCAUCUCCCACCUCAUUCAGUCAUGUGGGCUGGGUGGCAUGAAGCACAACACGGUGGUGAUGGGCUGGCCCAACGCCUGGCGCCAGAGCGAGGACGCCCGCGCUUGGAAGACCUUCAUUGGCAUGGUGCGAGUGACGACAGCGGGCCGCCUCGCCCUGCUGGUGGCGAAGAAUGUGACCUUUUUCCCCAACAACACGGAACCCUUCCCCGAGGGCCACAUCGACGUCUGGUGGAUUGUGCACGACGGCGGGAUGCUCAUGCUGCUCCCCUUCCUCCUCAAGCAGCACAAGGUGUGGCGUAAAUGCAGAAUCCGCAUCUUCACCGUAGCCCAGCUGGAGGACAACAGCAUCCAGAUGAAGAAGGACUUGGCGACCUUCCUGUACCACUUGCGCAUUGAGGCAGAGGUGGAGGUGGUUGAAAUGCACGACAGCGACAUCUCCGCCUACACAUACGAGCGCACCCUGAUGAUGGAGCAGCGUUCCCAGAUGCUGCGGCAAAUGCGCCUCUCCAAGACGGAGCGGGACCGAGAGGCCCAGCUGGUGAAGGACAGGAACUCGAUGCUGCGGCUGACGAGCAUUGGCUCCGACGACGACGAGGAGACCGAGACGUACCAAGAAAAGGUGCACAUGACGUGGACCAAGGACAAGUACAUGGCCUCCCGCGGGCAGAAGCCCAAGACUCUGGAGGGCUUCCAGGACCUCCUGAACAUGCGACCGGACCAGUCCAACGUGCGCCGCAUGCACACCGCGGUGAAGCUGAACGAAGUCAUCGUCAACAAGUCUCACGAAGCCAAGCUAGUGCUGCUGAACAUGCCGGGGCCACCUCGUAACCCCGAAGGGGAUGAGAACUAUAUGGAGUUCCUGGAGGUCCUGACGGAGGGGCUGGAACGCGUGCUACUCGUGCGAGGGGGCGGCAGUGAGGUCAUCACCAUCUACUCCUAGGG